AGACAAUCGUAAAGCCGCUUAGGGCUGCUCACCUGCUCCCGCCUCCUGGAGCCCCGACCCGGCCCUGUCACCCCUGCCCCCUCCACUGCCCGCCCCCAGCCUGAGCCCGCGCUGGGCGAGGAGCCGAGAAGGCCGAGAGGCCUGGAGAGGAGGAUGCGGCCGGCGGCAGCUGUCCCGAGAGGCGCGUGGUGAUCACCUCCCCUGGAGGAGGAGGCGCCAAGACCGUAGCCUCGUUUCUUGUUUUCCUUCCCCCCCAACCCCACCUCCUCGUAAUUACAUUGGCUGCUGGAAGGGAGCUAGAGAGACUGAGGAGGCGCCUCGCGUCCCCCUCGCGCCCGCCACCCGUGCUCUUUCCCUGUCCCGGGCCAGGAUGACUGGAGUCUUUGACAGUCUGGUGGCUGAUAUGCACUCCACCCAGAUCACGGCCUCCAGCACGUACCACCAGCACCAGCAGCCCCCGAGCGGUGGCGGCGCCGGCCCGGGCGGCAGCAGCGGCGGCGGCGGCGGCGGCGGCGGCAGCAGCCUCCACAAGCCCCAGGAGUCGCCGACCCUGCCGGUGUCCACAGCUACCGACAGCAGCUACUACACCAACCAGCAGCACCCGGCGGGAGGCGGCGGCGGGGGCUCGCCCUACGCGCACAUGGGUUCCUACCAGUACCACACCAGCGGCCUCAACAACGUCCCGUACUCCGCCAAGAGCAGCUACGACCUGGGCUACACCGCCGCCUACACCUCCUACGCUCCCUACGGGACCAGUUCAUCCCCCGCCAACAACGAGCCGGAGAAGGAAGACCUCGAGCCCGAAAUCCGAAUCGUGAACGGGAAGCCAAAGAAAGUCCGAAAACCCCGCACCAUCUACUCCAGUUUCCAGCUGGCCGCUCUGCAGCGGCGUUUCCAAAAGACUCAGUACCUGGCCCUGCCCGAGCGAGCCGAGCUGGCGGCGUCUCUCGGCCUCACCCAGACUCAGGUCAAAAUCUGGUUCCAGAAUCGUCGAUCCAAGUUCAAGAAGAUGUGGAAAAGCGGCGAGAUCCCCUCGGAGCAGCACCCUGGGGCCAGCGCUUCGCCACCCUGUGCCUCCCCGCCGGUCUCGGCGCCGGCCUCCUGGGACUUCGGCGCGCCGCCGCGGAUGGGGGGCGGCGGCGGCCCGGGCAGCGGAGGCAGCGGCGCCGGGAGCUCCGGCUCCAGCCCCAGCAGCGCGGCCUCGGCUUUUCUGGGCAACUACCCGUGGUAUCACCAGGCUUCGGGCUCCACCCCACACCUGCAGGCGACGGCGCCACUGCUGCACCCCACGCAGACCCCGCAGCCGCACCAUCACCACCACCACCAUCACGGCGGCGGGGGCGCCCCGGUGAGCGCGGGGACGAUUUUCUAACCCUUCCCGGGCGACCGCGCCAGAGACUCAAACAGAGACCGGUGAUCCUCGAUGUUCGCACCCGCCGCCCGCCCCAGGGUCUGUCCUCCCGGCCGGCAGCCGCCGCCGCCCGGCCCUCCCGGAGGUUGCAGCCUGCAGAGGUGGCCGGCCCCAGGCCC